UUUCUGCUGUCUCUCGGGCUGCAGGAUUUCCAAGUACUGACCACUUCUUUCCAUGAGCUGGAAAGAGAGAGGCAUGCCCGGCAGACCGGGGAGGAGGUGCAAAGGCCUUGGGCCCACUGCCUCUCUGUUUGGCCUUGGGAUGGAUGUGCUGGCCUGUCCCCAGGAAGCACUCCCAGGCUCAGUGGGGGAGAUGUCUGGUCCUUGGUCCUCAGCCACUAAAGGCAUCUUUGAAACUCAGGGUCAUUGGAGUCCUGUGUGUUCGGUAUUCCAGGCCUGGGGCUGGGGCAGCCCGUUCUUGUCUCUUAGGCCUCUGCUUUUGAAACUUGUUUGAAAGGAAUCCGCAGUGGUAGGAAUUCACUGACAGCAGUUUAUUCCAUAUUUUGACAAAGUUUCCCCUUGCUUGCCAUAGAGAUACACGCUCUGAUUCUUUUUUAUGUACUAAAAAAAAAGAAAAAAUGGAAGACGAAUGUCUCUGGUUCAUGGGAUAAGCAGAAAUUGACCUUCCUCUCCCCACUUCCCCAAGAAACUUGUUUAUAACCUUCAAUCUUCUGCCUGUCAGUCUGAAAGGUGGUGUCAUCAAACAGCAAAAGGACACUGAGUCCUGCCAGACCCCCAACUCUUUCUUUUUUUAAAAAAAAGAUUUAUUUUUAUUUAUACAAGAGCUGGGGUACAGGUCCGAGGUGAGGGAGCGUAAGAGAAUUCACCAGAGACAGAGCAGGGAGCAGAACAGGCAGACUGACUGAAACACACUGCUGAGGGGAGCAGCGGGCGAGACAGGAGAGGCCUGCUGUGCCAUGUGGGAUUCUCCCUGGAGGCCAGGAAUCGAACCUGUGCUGAAGAGGCUGCGGACAGCUUCACAGCUCGGCACUCAAUCCACGGCGCCACCAGGGAGGCCCCCAACUGUUUCAUUUUAAUGAAUAUCUUUGUUCUUUGUGAAAUUUCAAAAGAUGAUUGAAGUAGCAAUCCACAUCAUUGUCUCCAUCCUAUUCUUUUCUUUCUAAUCCCUCUUCAUGACAGAAGCAGAAUGGUUUUAACAUGUUUCAUAAUUGCCUUUGCUCUUUUCUGGAUCUUCUGGAGAGACGCCAGCUUCAUAUUGUUAUCAAGAUGUGAGUGGAGACCACGCACACACAGCCUAUUGCAGCCACAAGCAACUGUGUUCCCUGCAUUCCACAGAUAUCCAGGAGGAAACAGGAACCAGCUUCCUAUGGGCUGUUUUGUUUAUUCUACAACCUGCAUUUUUCCUUCUCAACAGAAGGACGCUGUAGGAGGGAGACAGGAGAGUAAAUGAAGAGCAAGGACUGGAAUCACUCCUUCCAGAAGAGGGGGCAAGUGUGGCCGCUGACCUCCAGUCUUGCAAAGCAGCAGCCUUGCCUGGGCACAGGCUGGUGGCCGGGACAAUGGUGGGGUCCCUGAAGAUGCCCCAUGGCUACUGAGGGGGCUGCCCAGGCAGGGAGCAGAGCGGCGGGCAUGGUGUGCAGUCUGUGGGUCCUGGUGCUGGUGUCCUCAGGUCUGGCCCUGGAAGAGGUGCUGCUGGACACCACUGGAGAGACCUCUGAGAUUGGCUGGCUCACCUACCCUCCUGGUGGGUGGGAUGAGGUGAGCGUCCUGGAUGACCAGCGCCGCCUGACUCGGACCUUCGAGGCCUGCCACGUGGCUGGGACCCCUGCGGGCACCGGGCAGGACAACUGGCUGCAGACCCACUUCGUGGAGCGGGGCGGGGCGCAGAGGGCGCACAUCCGCCUCCACUUCUCCGUGCGGGCCUGCUCCAGCCUGGGGGUGGCCGGCGGCACCUGCCGGGAGACCUUCACCCUUUACUACCGCCAGGCCGAGGAGCCCGACAGCCUUGGCAGCGUCUCGGCCUGGCACCUCAAACGCUGGACCAAGGUGGACACGAUCGCGGCGGAUGAGAGCUUCCCCGCCGCCUCGGCCUGGGCCGUGGGGCCCCCUGGGGCAGGGCAGCGGGCCGGGCUGCAGCUGAAUGUCAAGGAGAGGAGCUUCGGCCCCCUCACGCAGCGGGGCUUCUACGUGGCCUUCCAGGACACGGGGGCCUGCCUGGCGCUGGUGGCCAUCAAGGUCUUCUCCUAUGUCUGCCCCUCUGUGCUCCGUGCCUUCGCCGCCUUCCCCGAGACGCAGGCCAGCGGCGCCGGAGGAGCGUCCCUGGUGGCGGCCGUGGGCACCUGUGUGACGCACGCGGAGCCCGAGGAGGAUGGAGGGGGUGUCCAGGCUGGGGGCAGCCCCCCCAGGUUGCACUGUAACGGGGAGGGCAAGUGGAUGGUGUCCGUGGGGGGCUGCCGCUGCCAGCCUGGGCACCAGCCGGCGCGUGGAGACAAGGCCUGCCAAGCCUGUCCUGGGGGGUCCUACAAGGCCAAGGCUGGGAAUGUCCCGUGCACCCCCUGCCCUGCUCGCAGCCAGGCUCCUGACCCUGCAGCCCCCAUUUGCCCCUGCCUGGACGGCUUCUACCGGGCUAGUUCCGACCCCCCUGAGGCCCCCUGCACGGGCCCACCAUCGGCUCCCCGGGAGCUUUGGUUCGAGGUGCAAGGCUCCGCGCUCAUGUUGCACUGGCGCCUGCCCCAGGAGCUGGGGGGCCGAGGUGACCUGCUCUUCAACGUGGUGUGCAAGGAAUGUGGGGCCCGCCAGGAGCCCGGGGGCAGGGGCCCGUGUCGCCGCUGCAGGGAUGAGGUGCACUUCGACCCCCGCCAGAGGGGCCUGACGGAGAGCCGCGUGCUAGUCGGGGGGCUCCGGGCACAUGUACCCUACAUCCUGGAGGUGCAGGCUGUCAACGGGGUGUCAGAGCUCAGCCCCAACCCUCCCCAGGCUGCAGCCAUCAACGUCAGCACCAGCCACGAAGUUCCCUCUGCAGUCCCCGCGGUGCACCAAGUGAGCAGGGCCUCCAACAGCAUCACUGUGUCCUGGCCGCAGCCCGAGCAGACCAACGGGAACAUUCUGGACUAUCAGCUCCGCUACUACGACCAGGCGGAGGACGAGUCCCACUCGCUCACCCUGACCAGCGAGACCAACACGGCCACCGUGACGCAGCUGAGCCCCGGCCACAUCUAUGGCUUCCAGGUGCGGGCGCGGACGGCCGCCGGCCACGGCCCCUACGGGGGCAAGGUCUACUUCCAGACGCUGCCUCAAGGUGAGCAGCCCGCCCAGCUCCCGGAGAGGCUCUCCCUGGUCAUCGGCUCCAUCCUGGGGGCCUUGGCCUUCCUGCUGCUGGCGGCCAUCACCGUGCUGGCCGUGGUCUUCCAGAGGAAGCGGCGCGGCACGGGCUACACGGAGCAGCUGCAGCAGUACAGCAGCCCAGGGCUGGGGGUGAAGUACUACAUCGACCCCUCCACCUAUGAGGACCCCGGCCAGGCCAUUCGAGAGUUCUCCAGGGAGGUGGACCCCGCGUACAUCAAGAUAGAGGAGGUUAUUGGGGCAGGCUCCUUCGGAGAAGUGCGCCGGGGCCGGCUGCAGCCCCGCGGCCGGCGGGAGCAGGCGGUGGCCAUCCAGGCCCUGUGGGCCGGGGGCGCAGAGAGCCUGCAGAUGGCCUUUCUAGGCCAGGCGGCCGUGCUGGGCCAGUUCCAGCACCCCAACAUCCUUCGGCUUGAGGGCGUGGUCACCAAGAGCCGGCCCCUCAUGGUGCUGACGGAGCUCAUGGAGCUGGGCCCCCUGGACAGCUUCCUGAGGCAGCGGGAGGGCCAGUUCAGCAGCCUGCAGCUGGUGGCCAUGCAGCGGGGCGUGGCCGCCGCCAUGCAGUACCUGUCCAGCUUCGCCUUCGUCCACCGCGCGCUCUCUGCUCACAGCGUGCUGGUGAACAGCCACCUGGUGUGCAAGGUGGCCCGUCUUGGCCAUAGUCCGCAGGGCCCGAGUUGCAUGCUUCGCUGGGCAGCCCCGGAGGUCAUCACGCACGGGAAGCACACCACCGCCAGCGACGUCUGGAGCUUCGGAAUCGUGAUGUGGGAGGUGAUGAGUUACGGAGAGCGGCCCUACUGGGACAUGAGCGACCAGGAGGUACUAAAUGCAAUAGAACAGGAGUUCCGGCUGCCCCCGCCUCCAGGUUGUCCUCCUGGAUUACAUCUCCUGAUGCUGGACACUUGGCAGAAGGACCGCACCCAGCGGCCCCACUUUGACCAGCUGGUGGCUGCAUUUGACAAGAUGAUCCGCAAGCCCGACACUCUGCAGGCUGGCGGGGGCCCCGGGGACAGACCUUCCCAGGCCCUUCUGAACCCGGUGGCCCUGGACUUCCCUUCUCUGGACUCGCCCCAGGCCUGGCUUUCAGCCAUCGGGCUGGAGUGCUACCGGGAAAACUUCUCCAAGUUUGGCCUUCAUACCUUCAGUGAUGUGGCCCAGCUCAGCCUGGAAGAUCUGCCUGCGCUGGGCAUCACGCUGGCCGGCCACCAGAAGAAGCUGCUGCACAACGUCCAGCUCCUCCAGCAGCACCUGAGGCCGCUGGGCUCAGUGGAGGUCUGAGGCCCCGGCUGGACCCGUGAACUGCCCGUGCCCGUGCCUGGCCCUAGACGCAGGUCCACAAGAGACAGGGGAGACGGGAGCCAGCUUCCUCCUGGCCUACCACCCUCCGGACACUUGGCCCCCAGCCCUCUGCCCUCCGUGCCCUCCCCCACAUUAAAGGGAAAGAAGGGAGUUUGCAAGUCGAGGUGUGGCGAGGCCUGAGUCUGGGGAACAGCUCUGUUGGGGGGUCGGGGGUCUUUGGGAGCACUUGGGAGCACGGGCGGAGGACAGGGCUGCGGGAGGGAGCAGGAGGCCAGGGCAGAGCAGGUAACGACUUUAUUAGAAGGCUUCGACCACCCUCCAAAGCAGUACCUUCCCCGACUCCCACGCUCCCCCCACCCGCUCCGGAAGCUGUCUGAGCACCCUGGGGAGGGCCGUCCCUCCCACUGUGACCCGGGGGCGGGGCUGGGUGCCCGAGGCCAGCCCUUCGGUAAAGUGCUUUGCUGACAGUGCAGGGAACUCGGGUCAGACCCGCCAGGGCGCGUCCUCCACAGGGGACAGGCCAGGUCCUCUGGGUUUCCGUGGUGGAGAGGCCAGCUGCGUUCCUCAGUCCUUUCCAUCCAGGCCUCUCCUGCCCGGCCUGGGGCGUGGCGUGGCCGUGGCAGGGGUGUGCCCUCAGAUCUGGUACUCCCAGCCCUCGCCAUCCUCCAGGGCCCUGUUCACCAAGCCCCUCAGCUCCCUCCUCAGGGUGCCCUGCCGAAGCCUCUCCCAGUUGGUGCUGCUGCGGGAGGUGCUCCGGGACACGGAGGGGGUGGGAAGGGACAGGUGGGGGCCGAAGGUGCGGCUGGGCAGCUGCUUUUCCGAGUCUUUGUCCAAGUCGUCGGCGCCGGGGUUGUAGAAGGCCUGUGCGUAGCGCCGAAUCCGCUGCCGGUUGAGAUCCUGUCUGUCUUCCACCCUGCGGAACCCAGAGGCUUGAGAGCCGGCAGACCCCAGGCCGGUCUCCCCUCUGCACCCCAGCCCCGCGCGGCUGGCCUCUGGGUUCCUCUGGUCUGGGCGCUAGGCCUUGGGGAGCUGCUGCCCUGGUCUGCUCUCAGGGGCGCCUUCCCCGCAGUGGCAGCUUCUGGAACAGGCCUAGGGAGCAGGAGGCUCUCUGGACAGCAGGACCCCAACCCCCCC